UGUCAAAACGAGGAAACGCAAAAAUUCGACAAAUAAAAAGCCAGAUGUCGUAAACACCGAGGCCUUGUCUGCGCACCACGUCCACCCGACUUCUGGUAAAGUCAACCUGCUCAGCGGAGAGCUGGCCUGCAAAGCUAAACCCGUAAACUUUGAAACCAAGGAAAAAGAAAAACCGACUGUUGUCGAGGGGGACGAGCCAAGGGUCAAGGACAUGGAUCUGGAACUCACCGGCCUGCCUCUAUGUGUGAACAAAGGAAACCUGAAAGGGUUUUCUGAGAAGGCAAAAGGUAUUCAAACGGAGGGAAGGGGGAUUCUGAGAGAGCUGAAAGGCUACGCCAAUGAAAUGAGAAGUAUUUUCUCUAAAACAAGGAGCAAAAGACC